GUCGGAACGUUCCGAAGAUGACGUCGGAGCGUUCUCGAAUCCCGUGUCUCUCGGCUGCUGCUGCCGAAGGAACAGGGAAAAAGCAACAAGAAGGAAGAGCAAUGGCGACACUGGAUCGCAAAGUGCCCAGUCCGGAGGCGUUUCUGGGCAAACCCUGGUCCUCCUGGAUCGACGCCGCCAAAUUACACUGCUCCGACAAUGUAGAUUUAGAAGAGGCUGGAAAAGAGGGUGGAAAAAGCAGGGAGGUUAUGAGGCUUAAUAAAGAAGAUAUGCACUUAUUUGGCCAUUAUCCAGCACAUGACGACUUCUAUCUCGUAGUGUGCGGCGCCUGCAAUCAGGCCGUCAAGCCGCAGGUUUUCCAGGCGCACUGCGAGAGAAGACACGGUUCAAUGUGUAGACCUUCUCCCUCUCCAGCAUCUCCACCCUCCAAUUCCAGGACAUCAUUAGGACAGGUGAAAACAAAAGCCUGUCUCAGCGGCCAGAACUCUGCCAACAGCAUCUCAAAGCCAUUCAAAACGCCCAAAGACAAUCUACUUACCUCCAGCAGCAAACAGCACACGGUCUUUUCUGCGAAGGGAUCAAGGGACAAAGCAUGCGUUCCGGUUCCUGUAGUCAGUUUAGAGAAAAUCCCUAAUCUAGUGAAGGCAGAUGGUGCCAAUGUCAAAAUGAACUCAACAACCACUACUGCGGUCACCUCCUGCUCCACCUCGUCCUCUGCCGUCUCCACCCCACCUUUAAUUAAGCCAGUCUUGAUGUCUAAGUCAGUGCCACCCUCCCCAGAGAAGAUCUUAAAUGGCAAAGGAAUUUUGCCCACCACAAUAGACAAGAAACACCAAAAUGGCACCAAAAACAACAACAAGCCUUACAGGAGACUUUCAGAGAGAGAAUUUGACCCAAAUAAACACUGUGGAGUAUUGGAUCCCGAGACAAAGAAACCUUGCACAAGAUCCCUCACCUGCAAGACACAUUCGCUAAGCCAUCGGAGGGCAGUCCCAGGCCGGAAAAAGCAAUUUGACCUCCUUCUGGCAGAACACAAAGCCAAGUCCCGCGAAAAAGAAGUUAAAGAUAAAGAGCAUCUCCUGACUUCGGCGAGGGAAGUACUUCCAAACCAACCGGGGCCAGCGCAGGACUCUCUGCCAGGACCUUCGGGGAGCUCUGGGCCAGAACCGAAAGUCGCAUCCCCUGCAAAAUCCAGGCCGCCUAACUCUGUGCUUCCUAGACCAUCAUCUGCAAAUAGCAUCAGUAGCAACACAUCUUCAAAUCGUGGCUGCACUCCGGAACCCCGCUACCCCCCAGCUGGAGGUGACCUCACCAGCCGACUGUCAAGUGAUGAAGGGGAGAUGGACGGAGCCGACGAACCCGAGAAGUUAGACUGUCAUUUCUCUACCCACCACCCCAGACCUCUUGCGUUUUGCUCAUUCGGGAGUCGCCUCAUGGGACGAGGGUACUAUGUGUUUGAUAGAAGAUGGGAUCGUUUUCGAUUCGCACUAAACUCCAUGGUAGAAAAACACUUGAAUUCCCAGAUGUGGAAGAAGAUCCCUCCUGCGGCAGAUAGCCCCAUGCCCUCGCCAGCAGCCCACACCUCCACCCCCGUUCCAGCAUCCGUUUUACAGCCUUUCAGCAACCCCAGUGCUGUGUAUCUUCCUUCAGCCCCCAUCAGCUCGAGACUCACCUCUUCUUACAUAAUGACAUCAGCCAUGCUCUCAAACGCAGCUUUUGUGGCGUCGCCGGACCCGAGCGCCCUCAUGUCACACACCACAGCUUUCCCCCAUGUGGCUGCAACCCUCAGCAUCAUGGACUCAACCUUCAAGGCCCCAUCCGCCGUGUCCCCGAUACCAGCCGCCAUCCCUUCCCCAUCCCACAAGCCAUCCAAAACCAAAACCAGCAAAUCCUCAAAAGUCAAAGACCUGUCCGCCCGUAGCGACGAGUCUCCAAGUAACAAAAAGAGGAAGCCGCAGCCUUCGACUUCCUCCUCCUCCUCCUCAUUAUCCUUGCAGACAUCCCUCUCGUCUCCAUUAUCAGGGCCCCACAAAAAGAACUGUGUGUUGAAUGCCAGUUCAGCUUUGAACUCCUAUCAGGCGGCCCCUCCCUAUAACAGUCUGUCUGUGCACAACUCCAACAAUGGGGUGAGCCCACUCAGUGCCAAACUGGAGCCCUCAGGACGGACCUCGCUGCCCAGUGGCCCCGCGGACAUAGUGAGACACGUGGGCUCGGUGGGCGGCAGCAGUGACUCCUGUCCCCUCUCUGUGCCCUCCCUUGCAGGGGACCUCUCUCUGGCCUCACACAAUGCCGUGUCUUCGCUGCCCCUCUCUUUUGACAAAUCAGAAGGAAAAAAGCGUAAGAACUCGAGUUCUAGUAGCAAAGCCUGUAAAAUCACUAAAAUGCCUGGUAUGAAUAGCGUUCACAAAAAGAACCCACCCGGCCUUCUCGCACCGGUGCCCGAUCCCGUUAACAGCACCUCCUCUCGGCAGGUUGGGAAAAAUAGCAGCCUACCUUUGUCACAGUCCAGUCCUUCAAGCAUAUCCAGCCCAGGACACAGCCGACAGAAGACCACCAACAGAACGGGCAGGAUCAGGACUCUUCCGUAACAAGACUGUGAAGCCACUUCCAAACCAAUGCCUGGCCACCCGGGGCUGAGGCGGGAGGAGGAGGGAGGGGUGUGCGCAGCAGCCGGGGAGAGUCCGUUUCCUGUGCCGGCGGGUGGCUCUGGCCUUUCUUCUUCCUUUUUUAAUUGACCGGUUUUUAGUUCCGAAGAGAAAGCAAAAGGCAAAAGAACGUGAAUUUAAGAUUCACAGAAAACAGUACCAGUGUUUUGUUUCGGUUCCUUCAUUUGCCACGUGUACGCGUUCUUCCAAGUUCGGGGUCGGCCCUCUAUAGCUUCCGAUGCUGCUACCGCACCAUCCUUUUGCUCCAGCCAGGAGAGCAGACGCUGCAAGUGUCAGUUCCUGGUUGGCGUUGUCUGAAACUCUUGAACUUGAGCACACGCCGUGCUCCUUCCCUCGACCUCUCCCACCUGUCCCUUCCAUCCCCUCCCACCUGCCGCUCACGGGGUCCCCACUGGCCUUCGGGAAGGGGCUGGCUCUCACGAGCUCCCCUCUGGACAGCGUGCUGGGGGAGGGGCUUUGCUGGGAAACAGCCUGUGUCUCUGCCGAGAGCGGAGAGCUGCGGGGCCGGGCUGAGCGCCCCCAGCAGGUUCCUGCGCUGCACCAGCACCGUAGGAGCCCGACGCUGUGGGCAAGUUGGAGAAAAGUGGCCACUGAACUAUGUCGUUUACCCAAUACCACUGUCCAGCUGUGCAGCUCAGAGAGGAUAUACUGGGUCAGGAACAGGGGCUGGAAUGGGCGUGGAAGGUGACAGGAAGCAGAGCGUAUGGGUAGGGGAAGAUAUCCCUCAAAAGACCGAGGAAACUGGGUGACUGAUCAUCGGAGCUUGUUAGGAAUCCACGCUGCCAAAUCCCUUCCCGGGUGCCGUGCACAAGGGCCCCAAAGCUGGGUGAGCCAGAGAAGGAGGAAUCCCAGGGAAAAGGGCUCGAGACCCCAGUGCCCACAGCGAUGGAGGUUCCUAAGCUGCCCUCCGGGGCCAGGCAAGAGGAGAAAACGCAAGGGUGGGGGUGCAGGAAGGGUCUGAGGGAAAGCUUCCGUGGAGGGUUAAGUAUCCAACGCCUGGUGAGAAUAAAUACUAGCACUGCCCGCGCCCCUCCGUGCCCUGGGCCCCAGGGUCCCGUGCAAUCAGCAUUCCCAUAGAUCAGCUUAUACUAGGUUAUCACAAGCCCCGACUCACAGCACCCCCACCCCCAGAAAGGCAUAGUAAGCCCAGCCACCGCCUAAUGAGGAAGAGCCAUUUGGAAGAGAGGGAAGAAAGAAGCCAGAGCCCUGCAGCUACAAAACUGUUCACACUGGAGUUUUGAAAGAAGUAGCAAUACGAUUAGCUCUAAGAGGGAAUCAUAAUCAGGAAUUCACAAUAUGACAGAGGCAUCCUGCGCUAUUAAUCAUGAAACUUUGCGGACGAGAUAAUAGCAAGAGAUCCUAGGAAGUUUUGCUUCAUCCCUAAAUCAGAAAUGAAUGCCAGUUUUACAGCUGGACCCAAACCCUCAUCCCGGCCCUCAAGUUCCCCUUUUCUUCCCCAUCCCCUCAACCCAAAGAUCAGACUACUGUUAAGUUUCACCACAUUAGAUUUUGGGAAGACGGGAAGCAAACGGAGUGAUUUGUAUCAAUGGAAUUGCACUGACAGUGUUUCUUAUAGGAUUCCUAAAAUUUUUAAUAUAAAAUGAAGAUUUUUUAAAAAAUCAGGAGUUGAUGUUAGGUACCAGGACAUUAGUUCAGACGAUUUCAUUUUUAUUUCUACAGUGUUAAAAGUGCACUUAUAUGCUGGUUUAUUUACGUCUUGGGAAAAAGAGACUGCAAAUUGAAGGGAAGAUGGUUACUCUUUCUUUUUAAAAAAAAAAAAAGUUAAGGCAGAUUUUAAGACUUAUAAAUGUUUAAGAAAUUAUAAACAGGUUAGACCCUUUGGAAAAAAGUUUAGAAGAUAUUCUUAAAGUAAAUUUUUAUAGUGUUAAUUUUGUAAUAAUUUAUGUUUUACUAUAUUACAGAGCUAACUGACCAGAAUAGUUUCAGAAACAAUAUGAAACGUAGGAAAGUUUAAGCAAUGUUUAUAUUUUUAAAAUGUUCUUUGAAUUAUGUUUUUAUUGUACAUUUAUUCCAACUGAAAAGUAUGUACAUAUCUUUGUUAUUUUUGCACAACUUUUGUCUUGUUCGGUUUUAAGAAGUCUGUUGGGUUUUUUUGUUUUGUUUAUAAUUUAUUUUAAGUUGUAAAAACUUGCAGGAGUAACAAAAAACAAAAAAAAAAAUCUCAGCAACAAAAUAACCCUCUGAGUUAUAAACUCUUACACUCGAAGAGGGAAAACAAAGGUUGAGAGAUUAAGUGGCUGCUUCUGAGAAAUAAUGUCUCGACAGGGACUAACGGAGCAAUUCAAUAGGUUUCGAUGUGUGAGCUGUCUCCAUCUGGAAUUGCAAGCUGGAAUAAAGAGGCCCCCCACCGAUGCUGCUUACUUGGUGAAAGACUGGCUCUGACCAAGGUGAGGACAUUGCUGGAAAACUGAGCAAAAAAGGGAAAACCCACGGUGUUUCUUCCUUCACAAUCAACCACAGGUUUACUUUAUAAUGAUGUAUUAAAAACUCACAGCUUGAAAAGUGGAAUGCAAAUAAAAGGUUUUCUUUGGGUUUGUUUUAAUGGAGUUCAACUGGACCAGCCUAUUAAGCAUUAUUAGGGUGAUCUCCUUUGGGUACUUCUGCUCAUCCCCCCCAACCCCUCCCUUCCCAGCCCCUUGACU